AUGACCAAAGAAGCCCUGGUGAACAUAGCAGCGGUCAAGCAUAACACUGUUGCCAGCCCAGCAGUACACAGCUUCCUUUGGCAGCCAGGCUCACUCCAAAUGCAUCUCACUCGGCCCAAGUCCGCCAAGGGACGAACACGGCCAACUUUGCACCGAGCCCAGGCCCCGGAGGUGUGUUCUCGGCGUGUCCCCGCUGCUUCCCCACUUGCUGGUCCCUGUGAAUCCUCAAGCAACCAAAAGCCAGUGGCCUGUGCACCCAGGUCUCCAAACCAAGGUGUUCCCGACGGCCUCCCUGAGUGGUGGCAGCAGCAGGGGCCCACGGGGGCCUCUCUCAACAGGUACCCAGUCCUGCCUUCCAUCAUGAGGAAGAACCUGGUGGCCGAGGCUGUGGACACAGUGGCUGAAAAGGCCAGCUUGCUGCAGCUGGGCAACGUCCCGAUCUGUUCCCCAGAGGACACUUACACCGUGAAGAUUCAGGAAGAUUCCAGAGCCCUGGAGAGGAACUUCAUCACCCAAACCAAGACCCAGGCUUCCUGGGGGGCUGGGCACCUGGAGGAACCAUCAGACCAAGAACCCAGGCUGCUGCUUGCUGUCAGAUCUCCCUCAGGCCGAAGGUUCAUCCGCCAUUUCCGGCCAACUGAUGACCUGCAGACCGUGGUAGCCGUGGCCGAGCAGAAAAACCAGACCACCUAUCACCCAUGCAGCAUCGAGACCAUGGAAGUGCCCAAGAGACAAUUUUCUGACCUCAGCAAGUCUCUGCAGGAGUGCCAUAUCCCCCACAAGUCAGUGCUGGGCAUCUUACAGGAAGAUGUGGAUGGCGGGCUCUGA